GACACACACUGAAAGCGGGAGAGGUAUUUAAAACUUUUUGAGAUCUAUCACAGGCUGUCAUCCCGAAAAUUGGGGCAUUUGUCGCUCGACUAUUUACUACACAGUUAGACGAUUUGCCUGGUUUAUUAUAUCAGCCGAAGGAAACGUUAUACCUUGAACUCCUUAAACAAAGUUUUCUUGAGCAUUACCGGAGAUUCGCUGAGUGUGUGUGGCCAUGCAAGAAGACACCCCGCUGCUUCUGUUUCUACCACGCCUGGCUUCAGGGAAGCAUUCUCUUCCAGAUAUGUGGCCAACGGCACACAAAUUCUCCUUCAGCAUCCUUAUUUUGAACCUCUGCAGCUUGGCCUCAGCAGGUCCAUUGUCUAGGAGCCCUUGUGAACUGCUGCCAGUUGGGGUGGGUCACCCAGUUCAGGCAAUGCUAAAAAUUUUCACCGCCCAGUCAGGCUGUGCUAGCCGAGGAACCACCACCCUCCCUCAGGAGGUACACGUCAUCAACCUACAAAAGAGCCAUGCACAAAGAUUUGAAGAGAAACCAGCAGAGGUGGCGUUACAUCUGCAGCCCAUCCAAUCCCUGCCUUUGCAUCAGAAACCACUGGUCUUUGUCCUGAACUCCCCUCAGCCUGUGCUUUGGAAGCUUCGGACAGAGAAACUGGCCCCAGGAGUCAAACGCAUUUUCCAUGUUGCAGAUGGUUCUGACGUUCAGUUUGAGGAAGGAAAUUUCUCCCAGUCUUGUGAAGUGAAGGAGGAGAAUCUUCCUCACGAUAAUGAGCACCUGCUGACCUGGGCACAUCAACGCUACCAUGCUGUUACCUCAUUCAGUGAAUUUAAGAUGACCCAGGAUGUCUACAUCAAAGUUGGAGAGGAUUCCAUCUUCUCAGAGACCUGUAAGAUUAAUAACAAGUUCCUGUCUUUGAACUACCUGGCAAGCUACAUCCAGGAUCAGCCAUCUACAGGGUGUGUUCUCUCAGGUCCUGAUCAUGACCAGGAGGUUCACAUCAUUGAGCUUCAAGCACCAAACUCCAGCAGUGCAUUCCAGGUGGAUGUGAUCGUGGAUAUAAGACCAUUGGAUGGUGAUGCUCCUCUUCAUCGUGACGUUGUGCUGCUUCUGAAAUGUGUGAAGUCAGUGAAUUGGGUGAUCAAGGUCCACAGCGUCAUUGGCAAACUGGACAUAGUGACAUCAGACAGUGUCAGACUGAGUGAAUCCACAGAAAGACUGAUGCAGGUGUCAAAGACAGUGAAGCAGCAACUGCCUGAAGGACCUCAGGCUCUGAUCAAGUGGGCAGAGGAGAACAAAUUCAAACCCGUGACUUCCUACACCAAGACCCCUGUCGCCAACCAUUUCAACCUGCGCCUCAGAGAACAAGAUCUAGGGAUUAUGGAUGAUGGUAUGUUCCCACCAGAACUGUCUAUUCUCCGCAAUGCCAACCCACUUCCAAAACCCAGCAUCUGGGAUUCCCCUGUGAGGACAGGGCUGCCCUUCCACUUCCUGCCCUCCCUUGAGAAGGGCCUUCCACUCCCACCUCUGUCCCCAUCUCUGGAGGAGGGUCCUGAGGAGCAGCAGGGGGCUACUAGCAUAGGAUUCAAUGUGCAGUGUGAGAAGAAUAAGAUGGUGGUCAGCAUUGACAAGGAAACUCUAAAGGCAAAUGGGUUUGGAAAAGCCAAUAUCACUCUUCAGGACUCCCAAUGCAAAGCAACCUCCAACACCACCCACUAUAUACUGGAGACUCCCCUGUCUGGCUGCCAAACCACCAAAUAUCCCUUCCAACCCAGCCCUGCAGUCCUCUAUAUAAAUUCAAUUGUUAUUAGCCAAUCAGAACAGAGAGAUGGUAGUGGCUGGCCUGUUGAUUAUGAAGAUCUGGAGCCGGGAGAUAUCCCAGGAGACCUGGAGGUGACAGAAAGAAUUUUACCAGCGAGUGGACAUCGCACCACUAUCUUGUUCAACUGCACGUACCGUAAGAACCAGGACACCCCAGUUGAUUUUUAUUUUGGAGCCAUUGAUACUGGUGUAGACUCUCUGGACAAUGUAACAUUCAAUAUGGAGCUGUAUAACAAUCCCUUCCGCUACUCCAGCACCCAGUCAUUCCUCACUAUCUCUGAGAACAAGCCCAUCUAUGUGGAGAUAUCAGCUACUAAAGCAGACCCCAACCUUGGCUUCAUGAUCCAGACCUGCUUCAUCUCUCCAGACUCCAAUCCUCUCAUGCCAUCAGAAUAUGUCAUCAUCGAGAACAUCUGUCCCAAGGAUGACUCUGUGCUAUAUUACCCUCACCGAGAUGACUUCCCCAUCCCUCAUGCUCAGACGGACCGAAAACGCUUCAGUUUCACCUACAGGUCAAAGUUCAAUGUGUCAUUGCUCUUCCUGCACUGUGAGAUGUCCCUCUGCUCUAGAAGAAAUGAGAAGCAGAUAAACCUGCCAGAGUGUAUGUUACCAGAUGAAGCCUGCACUUCCCUCAGUUUAGAAAACAUCCUUCAUAUGAUGAUGAACACCAAGACCUUCAGCAAGCCAAUGGUGGUCAUCUCUGACAACACACCUGUCACAGUUAAGGUUCCUGAGGAGACUAAUCCAGGGCAUCCAGGCAUCAUAUAUUUCUUGGACACACCCACUGUGGUUGGCAUCGCUUUUGCAGCCUUUUUGAUCGGAGCCCUGCUGACUGGAGCUCUAUGGUUUAUCUAUUCACAUACUGGUGACAUAGCAGCGAAGCAGCAGGUGCCAAAGUCCCAGUCGGUGUCUGAGAACAGCAGUGCGGCUCAGAGCAUCGACAGCACACAGAGCACACCAUGUUCAAGCAGCAGUAACGCAUAGAGUCUAGAUCCCAGCUGGACACAGCUAAGAGACAACUGCUGCUUCUGUUGCUAUUUAUCUUUGUACAAUUGUGCGAUUUAGUAGCAUACCAUGGCACAGAGAGAACACCAGACCAUUAUUUGUUUCUUUAUUUGACAAUUAAUAUAAUUAUUGCACAAUUUUGAAAAACACAACCUAAAGCUUUUAAACCUUUUAAAUUUUGGGCUUAGGGGAGUUAAAAAUACAAAAUAGAAAUACAAAAUAGAAAUACCUGUCAGGUUUCAAGAGAGUGUUGUUUUGACCUCAUAUGGUUGAGAUCAGUAUGUACAUAGCAAAGGCUAUUUUCUUCAGUCAUUAAGGCCUAGAGGCCAUCUACAGGAACAACAGAUCUAUAAUAAUUCUGGUACUGAGUGUGGUUUUGCAAGGACCUAUCUCUGCACAUAAACAAAGAUCAGUGCCUUACCAUCUCAAGCAUCCACAUAUCAGAGCUACAAAGAUAUAAGAGACACCAAUUUAAAAAAUAGGCAUAUUACAUUUCAUCACAGGUCAGUUACAGUUGUUAAUCAAUUAUACUUUUUUUCUUCUAUAUUAUAGUAUACAGUAUAUUAUUCUGUAUACUAUAAAUCUCUGACUGACAGUGAUUGUGUCAAGACUUAUAAGAGGCAUUUUAAUUAAGACAGUUUUAGACAUUGUAAAAUAAUGUAUAUUUCUGUGAAUAUUGUAUAAAAUAUAUAGAGAUUUAAAUUAGGGCUGCAAUGAAUUAUUAUUUUGAUAAUCGACUAAUCUAAUGAGUAUUAGAAAUGCAGUUUUAAUCUCCUCUUUAGAUCGGGUCACUUCAUGCGACUCUAGAAAUGGCACUGACCAUACAGAGAUAUGCCAGUUUUGGAGUUUGUAGUUAUUUACAUGACCUGCUUCCUUAUUAUUUGAACUUUAAUAAAGGAUGCAUUAAAGAUAUAAUGGUGAGGUGUUUCCUCUAAAGAUGCUCUGACAUAAUGACACAAUGGGAGCACUUCUGUAUUUAGUUAUUUUUUAUAAUUUCCUCAUACUUGGCGAUCUACAUCACCUGAAGCUGUUUGGAAAGUUUGGAGUGCAUCUGGAUUGUCUGUGUCUUCUUCCUCUCCUCAGUCAGGUGCGAGCUGCAGUGCUGCUCUCGUGCGCCAUCAUUAUUUUCAUAUCUGAUCUCAUGUUACGUUAAAUAAGAUCAGACAACUAUUUGACAAUUACAUUUUUUUUGUUAACAAUUUUUUAUUGUUGAUGUUGCCGAUAAUGUUGACUAAUCGUUUCAGCCCUAAUUUAAAGUAGAAAUACGACCAUACAAAAUAUUGAACUAAUAUUAAAUAUUUAUAAAAUGUUUAUACACAUUUAUAAGAUAAUGUUAAAAUUAUACAUUUAAUAUGCAUGGGUUUACACAUGCACAUUAAUUGGCUGGUGUACAUUUAUGGGGUCUCUUUCAGAAAAGAUAUUUAAAAGCAACAAGAAAAUAAAAUUCUAGUUAUAGUUAGUUAUUUCAGAAUAUAAUGUUAACACUUUUCCACCCCAGUUUGGACCCAGAAAUCAUAAGCCACUAUUAGAGUUUCAAUAACCUUAAAGUUUCAGAUAAUUGUAAUGAGAGGCAUUUUGUUAAUAAAAAAAUGGACAUUUAUAGAUUUUAUUGAAUGUGACUUUUACAUGCUGGGCAUUAUUGUUAACAUUAGUAUAAAAUGUGUGAUUUUUCAGCAAACAGCAGACUUAUUCUAUAACUUCCAGUUAUGUUUGGACAUUAUACAUUGUCAGUGUGAAAUUAUGGAAUUAAAGUUAUUAUUUGUUCAAAAUGCUAACAGUCUGAAUCUAUAGGCCCAUUCAAAAAAUAUGUAUAUGAUCUAAAGCCAAAGAAUGGGCAUUUAUUUCCAUGUCUUUUAGUGUUACAGUAACCCCCCUUGUAAAUAUAUGUAGGUACUAACCUACCACCAAAGGUAACAGAAAAUCAAAAUUUCUUCAAAAAUUUCUACUGUGUAUAUGGUUAACAUUUUGGAAUUUUGUAUGAAACAUGUUUAGGCAUACACUUUAAAAGUGCUAGUAAAUGUAUGAAUGGUAAGCAGAAUAACCCCACCAUCAAACAUUUACAUAAAUUUCAUAACAUUUAAAGUGCCUUGACUUUGUGUAUAUGCAUUGUUUCUUUCAGAGAUAAAAAUGAGGCAAGAAGGGAACUGGUGGUUUUUGCUUUGCUUUAGGCACAGUGUAUUGUGUAUAUCCUCUGAUGUGAAAAUCUCCCAAGUCUGCUUGUUGUGUUUGUUUGCUGCAAACUGUACCUAUAGAAUGUACUUUAUUUCAAAUCUUAAUUUCUUGUUAUAUUUGUAACUUGUAUAAGUGUCUCCUGUAAGAGGAAAGAGAGUAAGAAUUUAUACAUUUAUUUGUGUAUAAAAUUAUAUUUUUCCAGAGAUAUAUACAUAGAGCCACCCUAUAAUUCUGUCUGCAUACUGUGAAUUUUUGUGGGCAUAUUUCUAUAAACUUUUACGUGUUUUCUCUAAAUCUAAGCAUAGUCCAUAGUUGAAGUGAUAUUAUCUUACAAAAUCAUAGACAAUAAGAUAUUUUAUUACAGAUAUUAUAUAUUUUUUCAACUAUCUUUUAUAUGAGAACACUAUAUUAUUUGAAAUGCAAAAUAUAUUUUGAUGAUGCAAAUGUUUUAUCUCUCUUAAGCUCUUCAUUGUUGACAUGUCUGUGUGAAUGAGUAUACUGUAAACUCUGUGUGUGUCCAUGUUUGUGGGUUUAAAUUAAUGAGUAUAAUGCAUAGUCUUGUAAAACGGUUAUUGUUUCACCUGGGAAUAUUUAAAACAAUGCUGCCAUGUGUUACGGAGAGUUUGAAACUCUGAUGUGUGAUAAUCAAUAGUCAUUAAAUGGUUGUAGAUGUAACACAGAUAUUAUUGUUUUUUUAUCUAGAACAAAUAAGUUGAAAGGCCUUUCUCAUUCCAUUAAACACUCUAUCUGGAGAUAAACUCUAUUUGUAAACUCUUGCUUGCAUUCAUACUUAAACUUCAAACUUACAUUUAUACUGCUAUUGUUGACACACAGCAGUUUUCCUGUAUGUUAAAUGGUGAAAUUGAUGGUGCAGUUUUGUCUUUCUGUUUGUAAAUGUUUGUUAUCUUUCAGUAAUCUCUGAUGAUUUAAAAAAUGUUCAGAUCCUGUUAUCUACCUCAUUUGUAUGUGUCUGUGUUUGCAUAAAGCUUCAUUGUUAUGUCAUCAAGAAUAUUUUACUUUUACUGUACAUAAAACUUGAUGUUACAUCAGAUGUAUCACAUAAAAUGUUUUCUGCUAGAUUUGACAUUUCACUCCUCUCUAUGACAGAAGAGGAAAAACUGAAAGAUGUAAAUGUGAACCAAUCAGAUCUAGACUUAUUCACAAUUUCAGGCUGUCUAGCUCUGAAACUAAACACUAUUUCUGAGGGUUUUUUCAAUGGUAUAUGAAAUAUUUUGUUGUUUGUAAAUACAACAUGCUGUAAAUAUGCAUGCUAUAUGUAUGCUUUGUAUAUACCAAAUAAAUUCUUGUAAUCUUU